CCAAUAUCUCACAUGUUUACUUCCUGUUACAUAAAGUGGAAAUUGAGUAAAGACACGAAAUUACCUAAGUUAAGAAACAGAAAUGUCUACAGAAGGUCAAAGCUAUGAAACUAAAGAAUGAAAGGCACAAAGGUCAGAUUUGUCCUUAUUCUGUGUCGGGAAUACAAAAUAACAACCAUUCAAGGUACUGACUUCAAACUUUGCAUACAGCAUGGGUGCUGAUGAGAAGAUACGCAGAGCGCAAUGCGCCAUGAACCAGACCAGUAGGCAAAAGGUCAAGUUGCUCUGGUUGAGAGUAACAGCAGGCCAAGUGGUCAGAUGCUUGUUAACACAUACAUGGUCAACAGAAAUGCUGACCCCAUGGAUCUGGUUGAGCUAGCCAAGCAAGUACAAAAGGCAGAUGAGUUUACAAAGGCAACAGCAGGUAGUAAGUUAAUGGUGAUAGCAGACCAGAUACGAUACCUGCAGGAACAGGCUAAAAAGGUUUUGGAAGAGGCAAAGAGAGAUGCAAUGCUACACCAUGCUGCUUGUAAUCUUGUCAAGAAACCAGGAAAAAUCUACUACCUAUAUGAAAGAGAGUCUGGACAAAACUAUUUCUCUAUCCUCUCACCGGAGGAAUGGGGAGCCAGCUGCCCACAUGAGUUUGUUGGGGCAUUCAAACUGGAGUAUGACAUGAGCUGGACACCAGCGGAGUAUAUUGAGCAGCGUUCACAAGACUUUGCAUUGAUUGAUAAAGUUAUGAAUGCGCAGAAAGCAAUUGUUGAUGCAGAAAGUCCAAAUUUUAAAGGACUUACACCCGAAUCACGAAAUAACUCUUCCGCAAAAUUGACUGAUAUUAGUCACAUAACAGGUUAUGAUACCCCAAAAGACACUUAGAAUGUAAUAAUUUCUUUUAGGUUGUUUUAAUUAUUUUAUAGUUUUUAUUCAUUGACAAGCAUAACUCAGUAUUUAUAAAUGGUUCAGACAUAACCAAAUUUAUAAUUUGGUUUGCAGAUUUGCUGCAAUUCCUUAUUAGAAGUACACAAAAAAUAUUGGCUUUUGCUCGCUCCAUCAAUUUGAGUUGAAAUUUGAUCUUACACAAUCAUUGACAGAUGCACAGGUGUAUAGAUAUUAAGAUUUUAUUACCUAAACUGUCUUGACUCUGUCUGAAAUCAUUUCUGUUUGCCCUUGUAAAAUUUCAACAACUUAUCAGGCACUCUUUUAAUUUCUUUGCAUUUUCUUUACUUGUUAAAGUUAUUUUAUAUUUUGGAUUGUCAAGCAGAGAACAAAACGAAGCAAAUUUUGUGAUUUUUGACAUGUUCUGUUAGUUUGUUUUUUUGUUCUUGUUUUUUUUAUAAGUUAUAUAGGAAUUUGUCAGUAAUUAAAAUUUUAUUAUUAAGCAGUUGAAGCCCAGUAGCUGUGUCAAAUUUUGCCAAUCUAUACAUGUAAAACCUGUUAACCUGUGAGCAGGGUCACUCAAAAUGAAUUCAUUUUUGAAAGACCCUGCUGUGAGUAAGCAUUUAUUAAAUGAUAUUAUUUUCAAGGCACUAUAGUUUUAAUGGAUAAAUGACUUUACCUUUUGAGCUAUGUUAUACAUUUUGUAUAUAUAACCAAGACUUAUACCUACAUUAUCCUUCAGUUUCUAUGAAAUUUGAAGGAAUUUACAAUGAUUUUUAAACUUGAUUCUUAGUCUUAUUCAUAAUGAAUUUGUUCUUAUUUACUUACAUAUCUUAUGCAUUUAUGUCUUAAAGUGUAAACAGUGUAAACCAUAAAAGUUUUAAUGUUUUCAUUGAAGCAGAGGCAUGUUUUACUUAUGCUUUAAUUAAUUUCAGUUUAAAAACUGUAUUUGGUGACCAGUCUGUGAAUAUACUCAUGCCAUUGGUCAGUAUCAAGCAGGUGCUCUGAAACAGCCAAUCGGAUGCUUGUGUUCUUAGACUGGUCUUUAGAGGUCAUACAUCCUGGUGCCCUCAUAAACUAGAAAGCAGUCCCUCAGCAUUAUCAACAUCAUCUUAUUAUAAUGAUAUUUAAGACAUUUGCAAAAACCACUCGAGAAAUUUUGUUAAUACUUAAGCUCGAAUGCAUAUAUUUUAGCACAGUAUAUGAUCUUUGUAGGGUAGAAGGUACAUUCAUUAUGCUCAUUCAGAUGGUUUUUAUUAUGGGUUUUAAUCAUGUAAUUGAAAUUGUCAUCAUUAAAUCAUGGUAAAUAGAAUCACUUUGUUGAUAACAUUACAGUUGUGUAAUUUCAUGUAAAUUUCAUUCUUUACACACUUUGUGGCAUAAGUGUAACAUGUAACUGAUUGAAUUAAGUAUGAUUCCAUAAUGAUAUGAAAUCCUAGUGAUUGAUUUGUUAUUACAUUGUUGCCUUUAUUAUCAUUACAAAAAUAAAACCAUUUGAAGAUUG